AUGGAUCCCGAGAUCAACAACGAUCAAAUCUCAGACGACGAAAUAGACAAUGAGGAGCUCGUCGACGCAGACUAUGACUCGGACCUCGAGGACACAUCUAUAAGCAUUGGACUGAACAAGACGGGCGAGCGUGGCAGCGGCUACCACACGCGCAACGACCCUACCAACAAAUACCAGCGACAAACCGUGACGGAGCGCCGAGGCAUCAUAGAAGUCCGCUGCAAGUCUCGAGAUGUCAUCCACGGCAUUCUUUCCGAAGAGACGGGGCAGAACGCAACGCUUCUUGUCUACGAUUUCUACCUCGACACAACUCGGAAGUCUCGAAGGAUCGUGUCCGCCUCGCUCGAGUUCGAGUUUGGAAGCUCCGUCCCCGGAGCCCCAGCGCCGCAAGUUCAAGCCAUCGCGCCCGCGGGACGCAUCACUCUACUGCAGUCGACCCAGGAGGAGUCUGUCAAGCGCGCUGUCGACGUGAACGCAGGCGUGAGCGAGUUUGGCGCAAACGCCGGCGGCACAGUCAGCUGGGAGAAGACGGUGAGCCGGACGACGAGCGACGACGCCCGCGUGACGGGCCACAUCUUCAGCGACGACUACGGCAAAGGCGUCGGCGCGAGUUGGACCAUCCACGAGAACUCCACGAUCAAGUCUGGCACGCCGAGCUUCUUGCGGUGCGCAAUCCUGCUCAAUCGUGGGUUUGACGACAACCAGUUCCAGUGUAAGGUGAGGAUCAGGGUCGAGGCGGACUGGAAGUCGGAAAUGGGUCGGCUGUUUGGCUCGACGCCGCCGGAUGAUCCCGUCUUGUUUGAUCCCGAUAUGCCUCCUACGAAUAAGCUGCGAAAGUAUGAUACGGAGAACUUGGGGUCUAUUGACUUGGACGAGUUUGUAGACAUUGUCUUUGACAAGCAGUUGAAGAAGAAGAAGGAAUCGUCAUAA